ACCGCUUGCCUAAACCUUACUCAAUCCCAAUCUUAGCCCGCCCCUGCCGGCCGUCGCCGCCGCCGCCGCCUGUCGCGCUUCCGUGAGGAUAGAAGGAGCGCAGAUGGAGGAGAGCGGUGGGGGAGACCUCCUGAGCGAGGCGAUGUGCUCCGGUGCGCGCGUGGUGGUGGUGGAGGACUGCGUGGAGGCGCCCGCGGCGUUCGUUCUCCACCUCCUCCUCAAGCGCGCGCUCGCCGGGGGCGGCGGCGCGGCGCUCCUCGCCCUCGCGCAGCCCUUCUUCCAUUACGACCGCGUCCUCCGAAAGAUGGGGUGCAACUUAUCCAUGCAUAGGAAGAGCGGGAGGCUUCAUUUCUUUGACUUGCAGGCAUUCCCAGGUGCAACACGGGGAGGUUCCAUUGCUGAUAGUUUAGCUCAACUGUACCUUGCCGUUCAGAGAGUGGUGGACGCAAACAGAACAGAAGGCAAUGCUGCCCGGUUCACAGUUAUGAUAGAUGAUAUUUCACUGUUGGAAGUUGCUGCCUGUGGGUCUGCGAACGAUGUCUUGGACUUUUUGCAUUACUGUGUCACACUUACAUCUGAGAUGAACUGCUCGCUGGUGGUCCUUAUUCAUGAGGAUAUUUAUUCAAGUGAGGAUGGUGUGGAGCUUCUUUUACCGCUGCGCUAUAUCGCGGAUCUUGUGAUUAAAGCGGCACCUUUGAGCACCGGUUUAGCGGCUGACGUUCAUGGGCAGCUGUCAGUGGUGAACAAAGGGAUGCUCAGUGAGCAAAGGCCGGCAAAAGGUCAGAAAGUUUGGAACUUCCAUUUUAAAGUGAAAGAGAACGGCGCAGACUUCUUUUACCCAGGGAGCAGACAUUAGUCAUUUUAGCCACAGUAGUCUUCUAACCAAGGAGGCCUUCCCCGUUACUGGACCAUGCGUAUCUUGUAUAAUGUAUGUGAAGUCAACCUGUUUUCAGGAAUGUUAUGGAAACGUUUUGAUUCAAUUCAGGAAGUAUAUCUUCGUGCC